GCGGUUGAUGAUGUGCUCGAACACACUAGGAACGUUGCGGAGCGUGCGCCCGAGCUACAUCGAGAUAGCAAACAUUCCGCAUGGAUUUAACACUCUUCAGCGUGACUUCUGUAAGCACACACUCUCCUGCUGUCUCCACACACUACACACGGCUGGGUUUUGUCCGAUGGGGGCAACCAACCCCAUAGGUUUUAAGGAAGCGAGGACUUACUGGCUGCUGGAGACUAACAAAGUGUUUGUUAGCCAGCUAACGUUAAGUUAACUGCUGUCAUUGUGAAAGUGACAGUAAAACUUACCAAACUUAACUAGUGACAACAGCGUCCUAUGAGGAUUAAACUUGUUGGUCCUGUGACUCAGCAUCAGCUCUUCGCACGAAAGACGAAGAAUGGCGCUGAGCACUAACCUGUGUCGUGUGACCCUGGGGGUUGAGGGCAUGACCUGUGGCUCCUGUGUACAGUCCAUUGAAGGCCGGAUCGGAGGCCUGCCAGGAGUCAUUCAUAUACAGGUGUCUCUGGAGCAGAACAAUGCAACAGUGACAUAUGACCACACUCAACACACUCCACAAUCCAUAGCAGAUGCCAUUGAGGAUAUGGGCUUUGAGUCCAGCCUGACAAACGCUACAUCAACACCAGUUCAAACAGAAACCAAAGUCUUCAGCAAAGCAGGCUGUAGCGCAGACUCUGUCCAACAAGCUCUGAGCACACUGGCCCAGAUAAAAGGGGUGAUUGAGACUCAGGAGAGUGCUGAUAACCAAGGCCUUGCUGUUACGUUUGUCCCAUCUCUGGUCAGUGAGGAUCAGCUUGGGGAAGUGUUGAAGUGCCUGGCUCCCGACACAGCCUGUCGGCCACCGCUCAGCCCAAAGGAAGGCUCGACUUCUCGCAGCUUCAGUGGAGUUGAGGCAGUGAAAAUGCGGAUUGAAGGAAUGGUGUGUCUGUCCUGCACUACAACCAUCGAGGGCAAGAUUGGGAAGCUAAAAGGGGUUGAAAAGAUUAAAGUCUCUCUAGAAUCUCAGGAGGCCGCUGUAGUUUACCUGCCUUAUAUCAUCACAGUGGAUGAGAUUGUGAAGCAGAUUGAGGUGGCUGGUUUCAAGGCCACUGUCAAGUCUAAACCUCGUCAGUUGAAGCUGUCAGCUAGUGAAGUAGAGCGAUUACUCAGUGCGCCAAAACAGACUGAGGAGAAGCUUUCUGAGCCGCCUGCAGAUUCCACAGUCACUACACUGUUUCAGGUUACAGGAAUGCACUGCAACUCCUGUGUGGUAAACAUUCAGGACAAUAUAUCCAAGCUGCCUGCUGUGACUUCAGUAGUUGUGUCCUUGGAGAAUAGACAGGCGUCCAUUCAGCACAACCCAAAACAAGUCUCAGCGGUGGAGCUGCAGAAAGCCAUCGAGGCUCUUCCUCCAGGGAAUUUUAAAGCCAUCAUUCCAGCUUCCCCAGAGCCAGGCUUCCUCCAGCCACUGGUAUCAGUAGCUGAGAUCCACAUUGAGGGCAUGACCUGCGGCUCCUGUGUUCAGUCCAUCGAGGGCACGCUUUCCCAGAAGAAAGGAGUCAGAUCAGCCCAAGUGUCAUUGGCCAAUCAUAAGGGAACCUUUGAAUAUGACCCUUUAUUGACUUCACCUGAGGAGCUGAGGGCUGCUAUAGAGGACAUGGGCUUUGAUGCUUUUCUGCCUGAGACAAAUUCAUUGGUGCCUUCAGUGGUCAAAAGCCCAUCUCUGUCUGUCCGGAGCUCAUCAUUAUCUCCUGUCCGGUCAGCUGUGAAGGAGAAUGAAGCUGAGAGUGACGCUGAGCCUUCAACAAACACUAUUUCUAAAUGUUUCAUCCAGAUUGGAGGAAUGACCUGUGCCUCCUGCGUGGCCAACAUUGAGAGGAACCUCAAGAACGAAUAUGGUAUACACUCCGUUUUGGUGGCUCUGAUGGCCAGUAAAGCUGAGGUUCGAUACAGCCCAUCAGUCAUUGAUCCUCUGAGAAUAGCAGAGCUGAUUCGAGAGCUUGGCUUCACUGCCACAGUCAUGGAUAAUUAUGAUGGCUCAGAUGGAUCCCUGGAGCUUGUGGUCAGAGGGAUGACAUGUGCCUCUUGUGUUCAUAAAAUUGAGUCUAACUUGAUGAAACAGAAGGGCAUCCUCUACGCUUCAGUUGCCCUUUCAACUAAUAAAGCCCACAUCAAAUAUGACCCAGAAGUGACCGGCCCCAGAGAUAUAAUCAGAUUGAUUGAGAACAUGGGAUUUACUGCCUCUCUAGUGAAGAAAGAUCGUCCAGGAAGUCAUUUGGAUCACAGUCGUGAAAUCCGACAGUGGAAAAGAUCAUUCCAGAUCAGUCUGUUUUUCUGUGUGCCGGUUAUGGGCAUGAUGAUCUACAUGAUAGUUGUGGAUCACAUGAUCGACAAGUAUCAUCAACAUCAUAACGCCACCGCUGAGGACAGAGCGAAAUAUCACUCCACAAUGUUUCUGGAGAAACAGCUUCUGCCAGGCCUCUCCAUCAUGAACCUCAUCUCGUUUCUCUUCUGUGUUCCUGUGCAGUUUAUCGGCGGGAGGUAUUUUUACUGUCAAGCCUACAAAGCUGUCAAGCACCGGACGGCCAAUAUGGAUGUUCUGAUUGUUCUUGCUACAACAAUUGCCUUCACGUAUUCAGUGGUGGUUCUUCUGGUUGCCAUGGUCGAGAGGGCAAAGGUCAACCCCAUCACCUUCUUUGAUACUCCGCCAAUGCUGUUUGUGUUCAUCUCGCUGGGCCGCUGGCUGGAGCAGAUAGCAAAGAGUAAGACCUCCGAGGCACUGUCCAAGCUGAUGUCUUUACAGGCCACAGAGGCCACUGUAGUUACACUCAAUGAGGACAUGUCUGUGUUAAGUGAAGAGCAGGUGGAUGUGGAGCUGGUGCAGAGGGGAGAUGUAGUGAAAGUUGUGCCUGGAGGGAAGUUUCCAGUGGACGGCCGGGUGAUUGAAGGGCACUCCAUGGCAGACGAGUCUCUCAUUACGGGUGAAGCCAUGCCCGUUACCAAGAAGCCGGGGAGCACUGUUAUUGCGGGCUCGAUCAAUCAGAACGGCUCUCUGCUGAUCAAAGCCACUCAUGUGGGCACAGACACCACCCUCUCUCAGAUCGUCAAACUGGUGGAGGAGGCACAGACUUCAAAGGCUCCCAUCCAGCAGUUUGCAGAUAAAAUCAGUAGCUACUUUGUCCCGUUCAUCGUUGUGAUCUCCGUUCUGACUCUCUUGGCCUGGAUUAUCAUUGGCUUUGUGAACUUUUCGCUUGUGCAGACGUAUUUCCCAGGUUAUGAUAAGAGUAUCUCUGAAGCGGAGGCUGUCAUCCGCUUCGCCUUCCAGGCCUCCAUCACUGUCCUGUGCAUUGCUUGCCCCUGCUCUCUGGGUCUCGCAACCCCCACAGCAGUAAUGGUGGGCACAGGGGUCGGAGCCCAGAAUGGAAUCCUCAUCAAGGGAGGAGAGCCAUUAGAGAUGGCACACAAGAUUCAGUCUGUGGUAUUUGACAAAACAGGCACAAUCACAUAUGGAGCUCCCAAAGUGGUCCAGGUGAAGAUGCUGGCAGAAGGGAAUCGGUUGCCACGCUCUAAACUGCUGGCGAUUGUCGGCACUGCUGAGAAUAGCAGUGAACAUCCUCUGGGUGCUGCUAUCACCAAAUAUUGCAAACAGGAGUUGGGGACAGAGUCUCUUGGCACUUGCACAGAUUUUCAAGCUGUGCCAGGUUGUGGGAUCAGGUGUUUGGUCAGUAACACAGAAAACCUGCUGAAGAGGGAGGACAGCGACAGUGAGGAGAACCAGCACAAUGCUGUGUUGAUCCAGAUCAGUGAUGCCAGAGCACACAGCACUGAACACCCACUCAUCAUGGACCCGCAGCCACUCACUGUAGUUCAGACGGCCUCAUACACAGUGCUGAUAGGGAACAGAGAGUGGAUGAGGAGGAAUGCGCUGCAGGUGCGAGCAGAUGUAGAUGAAGCCAUGACAGAGCAUGAGAGGAGAGGGUGCACCGCUGUGCUGGUGGCUGUGGACAAUGAGCUUUGUGCAAUGGUGGCGAUAGCAGACACAGUGAAGCCUGAGGCAGAGCUUGCGGUUCACGUUCUGUCUGCGAUGGGGCUGGAGGUUGUGCUGAUGACUGGAGACAACAGCAAAACAGCUCGAGCCAUCGCUGCUCAAGUGGGCAUCAGGAAGGUGUUUGCUGAAGUCUUGCCGUCUCAUAAAGUGGCAAAGGUGGAGCAGCUCCAGCAGGAAGGAAAGCGUGUGGCGAUGGUGGGUGACGGGGUGAAUGACUCUCCUGCUCUGGCCAUGGCGGAUGUGGGCAUUGCAAUUGGCACAGGCACAGAUGUAGCUAUCGAGGCUGCUGAUGUGGUGCUUAUCAGGAAUGAUCUUCUUGAUGUUGUUGGGAGCAUUGACCUUUCAAAGAAGACCGUCAAAAGAAUCAGAAUCAACUUUGUAUUUGCACUAAUGUACAAUCUUGUAGGAAUUCCCAUUGCUGCAGGUGUGUUUAUGCCUGUGGGGUUGGUUCUGCAGCCCUGGAUGGGCUCUGCUGCUAUGGCUCUAUCUUCUGUGUCUGUAGUGCUGUCCUCCCUCCUGCUAAAAUGUUACACUAAACCCACUGUUGAGAAGCUAAAAAGACGACUGGGAGAUGUGAGAACUCACGGCAGCCUGUCCGACGUCAGUGUUCACAUCGGCAUGGGAGAACUGCGUCGCCCCUCACCCAAACUCAGCCUGCUGGAUCGUUUUGUCAACUACAGCCGAGCCUCCAUCAACUCAUUGCGAUCCGACAAACACUCCAUGAACAGCAUGGCCCUCAGCGAACCCGACAAACACUCUCUACUGGUGGGAGACGAUCACUGCGACAACGAGAUAGUCUGAGGGUCUCUGGAGCUUCGCUUUACCGCAGUGCCUGCAGUCCAGGAGGAUCUAAUGAGGGUCUUCCUGCUUCAGUGGCCCUUUGAUUGUCCAGCCAUUUACAUACUUUCAGAUGGCCUCCGUUUACAUGGAAAUGGAUUGCAUUUUACAGUAAGGUCUCAUUUGUUGGCGUUAGUUAUCGUGUACUCUACCACAUGUCCUUCCAAAGGACUUUUAUUUAUCUUUGAAAUACAAAUGAAGAGAUUUUUAAUCAAAUUGGAGAGAUUUCUUUUUUUCUAUUCCUCUGUUGCAAAUCCUAAAUCAGAUGCUUCAAAACACAAAUUAAGAUGUUUAAGUCUUCUGAAGAGAUAUAAUUGCGUUAUUAUUUGGACAGGUUUAAUAUCGGGAACAUUGAUCUGUGAUCAAAAACCUGCUUGGCGUGAAAGAACUAACCUCAUUAGUUUAUUGUUGAAGCUUAGAUGAGCCUCAUUGGCUCUCAUGCAUCAAGCAAGCAUCCUUGAACCUCUGUGACCAAAGUGCUGUUAUUAAAGUUUAUAUUUGUAUAUUGUAUCUGAUCAUGAUAUAGAGCGAUCAAAUCUCUUCAGAAGACUUUAUUGAUCGAUACAGAUUUAUCUUUUGAUUAAUUUAGGAAUGUUUUGAAGCAUCAGAGUUUUGCGUUAAAUAGAGAGACUGAACUCUUUUAGAUUAGAUUAAAAACAUCUUCAUUUGUGUUUUGAAGACAAACAUUUUCUUUCCGUUUUAGAAUCAGACAAGUUUGAAAUGAUUGGGGGACAAUUUACAAUUUUAAAUCUGCCAUCAUUUACUCACCUCCACUUGUUCCAAACCUAUAUUCUUUCUUCGUUUGGACACAAAAGACGAUCUUUUGAAAAACAAUCUGGUUGCCGAGACCAGCUGACUUCCAUAGUAGAGGAAAAAAUUGCUAUCGAAGUUGAUGGGUGCCAGCGACCAGCAUUCUUUAAAAUAUCUUAAACUCAAACCUUUUUUUAAACCAGGGUGGACUAUCCCUUUAAGGCAGGGAUGUCAAACUUA